AUGGUGAAGCUGGGCUGCAGCUUCUCCGGGAAGCCGGGCAAAGACCCCGGGGACCAGGAUGGGGCUACCACGGACAGCGUCCCCCUGAUCAGCCCCCUGGACGUCAGCCAGCUCCAGCCACCAUUCCCUGACCAGGUGGUCAUCAAGACGCAGACCGAAUACCAGCUGUCCUCCCCGGACCAGCCGAAGAAGUUCCCCGACCUGGAGGCCCAGAAGCUGACCUGCAGCCACCCGGAGGAGGGGCGCAGGCUGCCCACGGCGCGGAUGAUCGCCUUUGCCAUGGCGCUCCUGGGCUGCGUCCUGAUCAUGUACAAGGCCAUCUGGUACGACCAGUUCACCUGCCCCGACGGCUUCCUGCUUCGGCACAAGAUCUGCACCCCGCUGACCCUGGAGAUGUACUACACUGAGAUGGACCCCGAGCGCCACCGCAGCAUCCUGGCGGCCAUCGGGGCCUACCCACUGAGCCGCAAGCACGGCACCGAGCCGCCCUCGGCCUGGGCGGGGAGCUACCGCGCCGGCAAGGAGGCGCCCAAGGCGCCCACCCAGGCGGGCGCGGCGGCAGCCACUCAGCCCCCCGGGAAGCCCUCGGCGCCGGGAGAGGAGGCGGCGCAGAAGGCGGCGGGCAGCGCGCCGCCCCCGGCACCCCAGUGACGGGCUCCGCGCCCGAAGCCCGGGUAGCGCCCCGCCGGCCCCCGAUACCGCCUCGCCGCCCCCGCUGUGGCCGCGCCCCUGCUCUCGGCUCCCUGCUGACGUCCCCCUCGUGAGCCUCGCUCUGUCGCUUUUCUCUAAGUAAAGAU